GCGCACUUUUUCACGGGUCGGAUACUGACGUGGCGCGGUUUUGCUAUCCGAAUAACAACAAAGACUAAAGAUGCCGCUCAUUUCACAGGCUUUUAUAAUUUCAAAGCCCGAGUUCAGACAAUUGCUUGUCACAGCGGUUUCACUAAACAAGAAUAACGUUAUGGCGCAAACAACAAGUGACAAAGUUGGUGCUCAGAAACGAAUUGAAGAUAGUACAAGUAAAGAGCAUGAGGGAAUUGACCAAGACAAGAAAUUAGGAACUCUUUCACGCGAUAUCGUUCCACACAUUCUCAAUUUAUAUGGUUGCUCAGCAAAAGCACAUGACUUUGAAAUUUAUGCUCCUAAUGCAACCUUUGAAGACCCCUUUAUGAGUGCUAAUGGAGUAAAGCAGAUCAAGUCAGCCUUCUAUUCCAUUCCAAAGAUUUUAAGCGAAGGAAAAAUUGUUGAAUACAGUGUGCAAGAAAAUGAAACUUCCCCCGGAUCUGGAGAGAUACUGAUUGACAACAAACAACACUACAAGGUCAUGGGGAAAACUAUUGAUUUAACAUCUUUGAUUGCACUUCAGGUUGAACAUGGCAAGAUCAUUCGACAUGAAGACCGGUGGGGUAAGGGACCUCUGAAGAAUAGGCAUACUGUAAGUGUGCCAUUGGUUGGGCGUGUGGCAGAAGGAUUCCGCAAAUGUACAGGGCUUAUAACCCAUGCGAUGAUGGGCUUUGGAAAGGAUCCAACUCCUCGACAUUGAUAUCACUCUUGAAUAUCAUGUCUUUAGUUUUUAAGAACAUGCUCUGUUAUGCCGCUGCUUCCUAUGCAAACUUUUGGCUUUAAGUUUGAUUUUUGUACCAUUGGCAUUGGUGUGUAAAAUAUAAUUCUCAAUAUAUUGUAUAUAAUAUAUAUGGUUUGAAUGCAUAUCUCUAGGGUUGGGAUGCAUGUUAGAGGAAAAAGGGUUAAGACAGGGAGGCGAAGGGAAGGGGAAGGGAGAGAGGAGGAUGCAAAGGAGGGUUCUGCGAAAUCAGAAAUAUUACUGUAUUUUGUGUCAAAACUAUUUUAAGAUAAAUGUUCCAUUAUUAGUUCCUGCCGUGCCGGCAGGAUACUAACGCAUCCAUUAGAUUGCAAUUAUUAUUUUGAGCUGCCCAAUGAGAAUAGCAUAUUUUCAACUUUUCA